AUGCCCAGGCGCGCUACAGAUGGUGCACCCUCAGUGUACGAGCUGGAGGAAGAUUUCGAUGCAUGGCUUGAGAAGGUUGAAGAUAUCCUGUGUGGGGUGGAGUCCGGUCGCCGCUCAAUUUGCCUCACGAGGCUCAUGUCCAAGCCAGCGGCAAUAAGGGCACGCAGAGCAGGCUGCAAGCCGGACAUGCCCUACGAAAGUCUCGUGCAAAAAUUAAGGGAUACCUUUGUUGACCCUUCCGACAGAGCCCUGCGGUUCCAUGAGUUGUGGCAUCGGAGGUUCCGCUAUGGGGAGACACUUAAGGGCUAUGUGGGCACGUUAUACGACAUGGUCUCCAACGUAUAUCGGGGCGAGUCCGAGGAGGCGAUUAAGCAGAAGACCGUCAAACAUGUCAUCAUGGGCCUCACAACAGAGGAAGUUCGCCGGUAUGGGUACCUCAUGGACCGCCCCUUGGAGGAGGUGGAGGAAAUUCUCGGCAAGGACCCCAAUUUAAACGGCGCGUCUCCGGUCAGUAGCCACCAGCGGACAUGGCAGCCGCGAGGAGGUCAAAAAUUCCAGCCUACGAGAGGCUCGACAGUACGCAGACCCACGCAACACCCACCAAAGCCUCAGAGCGAUUCAGGUGUGUCAGCUUCAUGUCCUGCCAUUUAUGCUUCAUGCUUAGGUAGUAGGCCCUUUAUAUCCGUAGGUUUAUGCAAUAGGUUGAUGCACUUUUUGGUGGAUACGGGAGCAGGUUGUUCUCUUGUGAAUCCUCGCCGGUUUCCACGGCACGCGUUUGAUCCGUUUCUUGUAACGUCUUCUAUCAGAGUUCGGGCCGCUAGUGGCACAUCGAUGCGCAGCGAUGGGUGUAUAGAUGUGCCUCUUGCGAUAGCAGGAAGCGAAUAUCAGCACACUCUUUAUCUGUGCACAGAAAUGUCUUAUGACGGAAUACUUGGGUCCGAUUUUCUAGAUCGUUAUGCGGGGGAAUAUAGCAGACCACGAGGUUGCCUACGCUUAGGUUCGCAUGAGGUGCCCGUUGCGUACGAACAGAAAAACGGCGUCAUUGCAGCAGUUACACCGCCGGUACACCCGACUGCGGAAGAGUUAGAUAUCUUGAUAGGCACGAAUGCACUCAAUGAAGGUUCAGAUAGAUCGCAGUUUCGGAAGGUGAUUGAAGAAUUUGCAGAUGUUUUCGCUUGGGAUGGGGACGGCUCAGGCCGUACGAGUGUCAUCCGUCAUGACAUUCACACAACAGAAACCCAUCCCAUUAGACAAAGGCCUCGUCGAAUACCUGUGGCGUAUCAGCAGGCAGUCGAGGAAGCUAUUGAAGAGAUGCUGCAGAAGCUAAUAAUAAAACCCUCCGUUUCUCCGUGGGCAUCACCCAUCGUGGUCGUCAAAAAGAAGGACGGCUCCAUUAGGUUAUGCGUAGAUUAUCGCAAGCUGAACGAAGUAACAGUAAAAGAUAGUUUUCCCAUCCCGCGUAUGGAUGUGACGCUUGACGCACUAGGUCGGUCGACCAUCUUUUCUACCUUGGACCUAAAGUCGGGCUAUUGGCAAGUCGAGAUCAAUCCGAAUCGCCGUCAGAAGUCAGCAUUCGUAAUUCCGUCUGGGCUCUAUGAGUUCGAAACCAUGCCUUUUGGCCUGGCAAAUGCCCAAGCGACAUUUCAAAGACUAAUGAACACUGUCUUGCAAGGGCUGACGCAAAAGGAGUGUCUCGUAUGUAUGGACGACGUGAUAGUUCAUGCAAAGGACAGUGCUCAACACCUUAAGCGUCUGCGAAAUAUCUUCGAGCGGCUUCGCGGGGCAGGGCUGAAGCUUAACCCGGCCAAGUGCUCACUUCUUAGGGACUCAGUGAAAUUUCUGGGCCACAUUGUCUCGAAAGAAGGUAUCAGAACAGACCCAGAUAAGACAGAUAAGGUCAUCUGGGUCUGCGGAGGAAUUGCGUAG